CAUUCUUCUUCUUCCCGACAGCCCCCAAGCCCCCCAGCCACCGACUCCCUUUCCCUUGGGAAAAACCGGUAAGAAGCUUGGAUUUUCCCCUUACUUUCUUGUUCAAUAACCAGAUUUAAGCUUGGAAUUCCCCCACCCCCCCUUUCUGCAGAAAUUCGGAUCUGCUCUGCUUUGCUCUGUCCUUCCGUCGGUUGCUCUUGCUUAGGGGUAUGAAUUUCUCUGAUUUUUACGCCCGUGAGUCCCUUGCACUUCCCGCCGGCUCCUCCCCAAACUGCAGUCCGAUUUUUGCUGGGAAAUUCUGGUCUGGGCAGCCCUCUCAAGUCUGAAUUUAUCAAUUAAUUGUUGUCUAUUUAGUUGCCCUGUGUUGUCCGAAAUCUGUUGGGAUAGGGGAUGAAUUUGGCAGCCCUUUAAAUGUGUUUUGUUGUUUAAAUUAUGUGAAAAUUACUUGAAUUGGCUGCUGUGAUUUUUGGAAAGAAAAUCCCGUGAGAUUAGCUAUGGUUUUGUCAAUUUUGGAAAGUGCAGGUACUGUUCACACGUACCAGUUACUGUUCACGCAGAAAAUUCUGCAAUUUGCUACUGUUUUCUGCUCCUUUUUAGUCUGUUUUUGCUCUGAAAAAUCUGAUGAAAUAUCCAUUUUUUUGGUCUUUUAGCUGGCUAUAGUUGAAUUCUGGAAAUAUUGGUUACUGUUUACAGGUACUGUUCACGCACUGAUGGCCAACAAUUAACGGGGAUUAAAUGAUUAGUUUGUAAUAUAAGAAUAAAUUUGGAGAUAUUUGAUCAUGUGGAGACUAAUAGAAAUAGCAUUGUGAUUAGGGGUGAUUCUAAUGAUGAUUUCAAUUUGAAUUUGUGGUAGUGCGGUAUUAAUUGUAGAAUAUUUUGAUUAGGUUCCGGAUCAUUUUGUCAGUUUAGCACCGAGAUCGAGUUUUCGGUUUUAUGUGAUUUGAGGAAGCGAAACCGAGGAUGGGGAAACCACGGGAAGUGACGAGUUAAAAGGCUAGCCAUUUCGAGAUUGAUAUAGAUUUUAGAAAUAAAUCAUGCUUUUGUAAGAUAGAUUUUACCUUGAAUUUAUGAGCUCAACAGAUUUUGGUCAUUAGAUCAAUUACUUGGAUUUAAGUCAUUUUGGAUAUAGAAAUAAAUUGAGAUGUUUGAU